AUGAUUACAGGUCCAGUAGAUACACCAUAUAGUCUGGGCUGUUUUAUAUUUGAUAUAUAUUUCCCAUCCUCAUAUCCCUAUAAUCCUCCCUUGGUAAAACUCAUAACUACUGGUAAUGGAACGGUCAGAUUUAAUCCCAAUCUAUAUUCGGAUGGUAAAGUCUGUUUAAGUUUAUUGGGGACAUGGCAUGCUGGGGAUGCUAGUGAGAAAUGGAAUGCUGGUAAAUCUACGCUACAUCAGGUUUUGGUGUCCAUACAGAGUAUGAUUCUAACAUCAGAUCCUAUGUUUAAUGAACCAGGGUAUGAUGGUAUGAGAGAAACUGAAGAUGGCAAAGUAAGCAUGAUUUUAAACUCUGUCUUAUAUUUGUCUUCAAUUGGCUUGAAGCUCACUCUGAAGUCUAUGAUUUGUCAUAUUUCUUUCAUUUGUGGUGGGUAG